AAAGUGGCUUCCUCUUAACAGCACAUUCACAGAGCAAUACACCAACAGUUUUUUUUUCUAGCAGGAUAGACCCUCUCUUAACUAGGUCAACAACUUAUCUUGGACCACAUUCUUAAAACAGAGGACUAUAAAAAUCUUUUUGGGCUAUUAGUCUUUAUUUUGGAACUUCUCAGAUUUGAUGGCGUGAGGCCAACAAGAGCUUAGAGAUAAUAGUGUUUUGAGUUGUUUUUCUAUAAGAAAAGGAAAUGCCUACUGUCAGUAGGUAUAUGAGUUUCCGUUCAUCAAAGCGAUUUAAAUUGACCAGCAGCUACCCAGUAGACAGCAGUGGUGGCGGGCUGCCAGCCAAAGUGAAGAAAAGCAGGAGCAGCUUAAGCAAUGGCAGCAUCAAGAAGGCGGAGAGCAGGAAAGCCUUGAGCUUGGAAGCAGCCCAGCUCGAGAUCCAGCAACAGCACAAAACCCUCACCAGACAAGUAGCCGUCAGGUCGCAGACAUUUGAUGUUGACAGCGGAAGCUUUGAGAGGACGGAGGGCACUGGCACACAAAGUAGUUUCAUAAAGCACAACAAGACAUUCCACAAGUUGUUUCCAGACAUUCCUGAGAAUGAAGACUUGAUACAUGCAUACAUCUGUGCCCUGCAGAAGGAAGUGCCCUACCACGGUCGAUUGUACGUCACUGACACCCAUGCCUGUUUCUACUCCUCAGUUCUGCUCAAAGACACUAAGUUAGUUAUUCCAGUUUCCUGCAUCCUCAUAGUGAAGAAACAGAACACAGCUUUACUGGUACCCAACGCCUUGUCGGUCCGCACUACAGAAGGAGAGAAGUUCCUGUUUGUGUCGCUGCGGAACAGAGAAUCAUGUUAUCAGCUGCUGCGUUCAGUAUGUCCUCAGAUAGAGGAUGGCAGCACAAACAGUAGCCCUGUCUUCUCCUCAGCUGAGAACAGCUUCGAUAAGAGCAAACUCGUGAACUCCAGCCAGUCCAGUCUGGACGACAGCUUCGACCAAUUUGAUGGCUCCGAGUCACAGUCUUUACAGGACCAGCCUCUGUACAGACCACACAGAGAGGCAGUGCCUAAUGGGAAUGGCCCGACUUUCAGGAGCCUUCACAUGCAGCAGAGUGAUAGUUCGUCCUCAGAGGAGCUGUCAGUGUCAGGUUCAGGUGGAUCGUGGGUAUGGAACGUGACAGAAAAGGCCAAGUCCCUGCUGGUUCAGAGAGAGGCCAGCACCCUCAAUACUCUACUCUUUAUUUACUUGAUUUUGGUUGUGCUGCUGCUGCUGUCAUCUGGCUACAUUGGUUUACGUAUCGUGGCCCUGGAGGAACAGCUGACAUCCCUCGGGGCGCUGCCUGAGUUCACCUUACAGAGCGGGUACCAAGACACAUAACACUCAGCGACUGAAGGAGAGAUUGGUUGACUCGUGAUCGGAGGAUGAUUUCGACCUCUUCCAGCAGAACACAGAGGGAGAACUUUUAUGUACUCAAGACUGUGCUCCCAACAUGACCUCUGCUGUUGGCUAGAGGAAAAAAUGGCCAACUUGUGCAAUUUCAGAGACAACUUAUUACCUUGAAGGGCUACACUUCCUCCUAGUGCAGUAGACAAACGGACAUGCCACGACUUAGACUCACAGAGCCGAGCCAAACUGCAUACACACACUGCCUGGUUGCAGCGUGUCUGUCGUUGAAACCAAAGCCAAACGGCUCUAACUUAGCAACGUGCCACGCUAGCCGAGUUGACGGGCACUUCUUCCUGACAGGAAUUGUUCCACAUCCGUCGCUUUUCAAGCAGACUCCUCUCCCUGAGCAUGCAGUCUGAACAGGGCUAUACCAGUCAGCAUUAGCCUGCUGUAGUGCUUAUUAUUGCACCUCAACACCAGAGACGUAGUGCUAUGCAUAGCCAAAGAUGCACACAGUGCACGUCUUUUGCAUGAGUGCACUGAGAUGAUUUUUUAAAAUGGUUUUCUAUCUCUUAUUUACCCUUCCAUCUAUCAGUGGUGUAUACAAAUCUGUCUCUGUCUGUGCACUCAGCAACUGUCGGGUACUUCUCUUCGAAUGGUUCUCAUCUUCCUAAUCAGCUGUGGGUUGAAAUGAUGAUCGUAAAACCUCAAAAUCAGAUCAGCCCAUGGAGGCUCGAUAUUCUCCUGAUGGUCUUAUCCUUUCUCUCUUUCUCCAAUCAGCAAUGAUUGCAGUAUUACUUUCCUCGUCUUUGGUAUGAUUUAAACCAGUUUUAAUGAUCAAUGCUCAGAGGUUAUUUCCCUGCAGUCUCAACUGUGGAUGAAUGCAUCAUCAAUGCACAAUAUUUAAUACAGUAGGACACAAAAGGUUGUCUCAGAGGCAUCAACAUGUUUUUGUGUACGACUUUUCGAUAGCUUUGGUCUUCAAGAUUAGAGAUUUAAAAUCUGUCUGGCUCAGAUGUCUGUCGAUGUACUGUCUACCAGUCUGACCACGUUGUGUUAAAAGUACAAAACCUCUCUCUCUGACAGGCCUCUUGAAGACCAAGUGGCAUUUCUAGAACUUUCAGGUUAUGUAAAGUAGCACCAAUAAUGUAUUUCUAAUGUUCAUGCAUGUGUCUGCAAUAUCGACACUCGACUGAUACUGUAUCUGCGUUCUCACUCUGUCACCUGGAGAGGAGAAUUUGCAACCACACUUGCUGUGAGGUCCGAGUUUUUCAACAGCGAAACAAGUGGUCCCAAGAAGAAAUUUCAAUAUGCAACAAAUUAUUAUGCAUGGCAAAAAAUGUGAUUUAUCUUGGUGUGCUGUUUUUAAAAGGAGUUCGAUGUUUGUGGGGAAGAAAUUGUGUAAGAAAAAAAAAAGAUUAGAGUGAAAGGAACGGCUCGAUCGAGCGUGCGCACUUUAAAAAAUGUGUUGUGCCUGUCACAAUCCAAGACACUUUGGAUUGAUAAGAAAUGGCAAAGCUGGCGUUCUGUGGUAUCUGACGGUGCUAAGACCUUUUUUAAAUUGUUUUCACUCAGGGGUGGUGGGCACUACCUGCCACGUGGUUUUUAGGUUGUCAUCUUUUCCUUUGUCAUUUCAAAGUCUAGUGCUCGUGAUGGGGUUCACAUUUCGUACAUCCUGGCUUUGGUGAUUUCUCAAAUGUCCCUUUGAGAAAGAACACUAGUCACUGACAUUCACUUGACUUCACUAUUUGAUGUAAUUGUAUACGGCAUCUCAGAGUGCUUUCUCCUCCCCCUCCCCUCCCCCAUGACCCUUUUAAACUAACCUAACAAUGCAUAUCCACGCCACAUCUAAAUGAUUUAACAUCACCCUUGUCGUGGAAGCUGUUGUUGACGAGGUGUAGCGAGCAGUUUUGCCUUUGCUACACCCUGUUUGAAGAGUCAUAUUCUUACCUUCAGCUUAGGUUCUUGUCAACAUGCCAUAUUCAGUACUGUCAGAUCUUAUUAUCCUCCACCAGGGGGCAGCACACACACACAUCCACUGUCCUUGAAUGGACUCAAUGCAAGAAUCUCAAUGAUGAGGGCAGUAUUUGUGUGGUUUUGCACUAUUCAAAGUGUUGUAAAUAAUUUUGUAUCAAUUGUUAAUGUCCUUAAUUCUACUAUGGUCCUAUAUAUAUUUAUUUGCAUUCUGUGUAAUUCAAAGUAGUCUCUGUGAGAUGGCUUUGCUAUUGUUCAAAAUAAAUCAAACGUUGCGAAGUAAAUAA